AUGGAGCCUGUAAUCGGGGAGCUAAUUUCAAAUUUACAAGAAGCUAGCUACGUCAGUGAAAACACACCAGCUGCACAUAUUGAUCCUUCUCUGUUCAGCAAUUCAACUCAUUUCAGCCAACCGUCUCUUAUAAAUAAUGCAGUCAUUGUAUCGCCUACAAAUUCAGUCUUAAAUCCUGUAAGCAAUGCAUAUAUUCCUGGUGUUUCUUCACAUUCACUUAUGGGUCUUAUUAGUAAUACGUCUACAGGACAACCUACUCUGUAUGCUCAUUCAUCGCUGGUCUCAAUUACCAGUGCUCCUCAUAUUAGUCCUUGUUCUUCUGUCAUCACAGUUGCUGCUAGUCCCACACAACAUCCGAAUGUAAUUCAUCCUCAGACAGCAUUGUCUGCGCCUCAUGCAACCUAUCACAUUGUUCCACACGAUACUACUUCACAUCACCAUCUACUUGCAACAAGUUCAAGUCAUUCACAAGCUCCUACACUAUUAACCAUUCCUCUAUCUCAGUUUACUUGUAAUGUGAGCAAUAAUAGUUUAAUCCAAUCUCAGGCGGCUAUAGCUUGUUCUACACAACAUCAUGCUGUUGUAACUGGUGUGUUACCAGCCCAUCCGUCAAUAUCAUCUGCAUCUGCAACCUAUUAUCCAUCUUAUGGUGUAUUUCAUAUUAAUCAACCCCCUGUAGAGAAUUGUGAUCAACAACAGGUUACAGCGGUUGAGAUGCAAAAACAAAUUCACGAAACUAGACCUUCAAGAUGUCCAACAUCAACAGCAACAGAAACAACUAGAAUGACACCAGUUUCUGCUACAACGACGAAGACGGCGACAACCUCAGUUACAUCGGUGUCUUCGUCAACAACAGCUGUAUUGGCUGCAGCAGCAGCUGCUGGUUAUAUUGCACAACAUUUACCUGUUAUUGGUUCCAACAGUCUAUCUAGUGGAAGUAAUGUAUCUCAAGAGCAUACUAAUUAUAUGAAUAGUAAAACUGGUAGUCCAUCGAAAGGUGUAAGUGUACAUGAAUCAGCUAUAGCAGCUGCAGCAAAUCUACCAACAGUGUCGGCUGCGGCUGCAGCCGCCGUAGCAGCAGCUGCUGCAUUCGCUUGUUCCACUUCGAUGUCACAAAAUUCGAAGUAUCAUUCUAUGCUUCCAAGUAAUCAAACAAAGUUCAAUGAUUUGGAUAUGGAGUCUAGUUCAUCAAUUCCUUCGCCUCGUAUUAUCACCAGCAAUAAUAAUAAUCAUAAUAAUAAUAACAGUAAUAGUAAUAACAACAAUAAUAAUCAUUUCGACGGGAAUUCUAAUCACACCAAUAGUAGUAACAACAACAUGACCUUGAUGAGUAAUACUGAGUCAUGUUCUUGUCAAAACUCACCACACAAACUAGACAUUCAUAGUAUUCAUAAUAAUAAUAGUAAUAAUAAUGAUUAUAACACAAAUAUGAACACAAUGACUGCAUGUUUUCAAAAUCAUCCACACUGUUCUUCAGGCAGAGAAUCAUUUUAUUCGCACGAUAAUAAUCCCAAUAAUGGCGGUAAUAAUAACAAUAAGAACAAUAAUAAUAAUAGUAGUGCCACUGGUAACUCUAUUAAAUCAAUGUCUUCAAUAGAUUGUAUAUCUAAUUCUAUGCCUUCCUCAUCGGAAUACUUGAAUCCAGCUGAUGAAGAGCAAGCGAAAACAGCAGCUGCUGUCGCUGCCGCAGCAUGUAUUGAUCAUGUACCUCAUCAAUUAUACCGUUCAGUAUUUCGAUGUAGUGAAAAUGCAUCAAAAUCUCAAUCAUUCAAUGUUAAUUAA